AUGGACUUCAAGGACGUAAUGGAGAAAUGGACAACUUUGUCUCUUGGUGCCGUGAUUCAGUCUCAUGUCCUGAAGACCCUGCCUGGACACAGAGUUAAUUUGGAAUGCCUCAUGUCAGAACAAGAUGGCAACUACUACAACUGGAUCAAGAUAAUAAUAGGACAAGCCCCAGUAUUGAUGCUGUCUCUUUACACUCUCUCCAACACUGCAACGUUCUUUGGAGAGUUUAUUAACAACAACGCCCAGUUAACAAAAAUGAAGAGUGGAACCAGUUAUGUGCUGACUAUUUCAGAUGCUAGACCAUCAGAUAUGAGGAUGUAUUACUGUGCUGCACGCGAUUGUGAUGCCAUGAUCUUCAGGAAGGGUGUGUUUCUGAUGCAUGGGGAUGUUGACUCCAAUUUUUACCACAACACCCAGCAACCUGUGUCUGAGUCAGUCCAACCAGGAGACUCUGUGACACUGAAUUGUACAAUAAACACUGAGACCUGUGCAGGAGAACACAGUGUCUAUUGGUUCAGACAUGGCUCAGGAGAAUCCCAUCCAGGAAUCAUUUAUACCCAUGGAGACAGGAGUGAUCAGUGUGAGAAGAGCCCUGAGGCUGAGUCUCAUACACAGAGCUGUGUCUACAACCUCCCCAAGAGGAACCUCAGCCUCUCUGAUGCUGGGACUUACUACUGUAUUGUGGCCUCAUGUGGGGAGAUACUGUUUGGGAACGGGACCAAGCUGGACAUCGAAGAAUCAUUUACACCUAUGGAGACACAGAGCUGUGUCUACAACCUCCCCAAGAGGAACCUCAGCCUCUCUGAUGCUGGGCCUUACUACUGUGCUGUGUCCUCAUGUGGGGAUAUAGUAUUUGGGCAUGGGACCAAGCUGGACAUUGACCAUAAGCGAUAUUUCUGA